GGCUAGUAUCGAUAUCCAUCACUUGGUUGGGUUUUCCUAUCCAAAAUAAACGCAAUUUCGGUCGCAAAUAACAUAUUUAAUAAACCAUAAUGUUUAUCUAAUCCGGUACGUGAACGGCUGCCUGUAUGGAUGGAUAACCAGGUGCCGUUUAGCUGUGUUUUCGUCGCUGUGAAGGACUGCAAACUAACGUGCUAAUUUUCCUCUGUUGAGGAUCAGUGACCAGACUGAGGACGUACAUCUAUAACAUAUUUACAACUCAUAUGUUUUAUUAAUAUGAGUCAUAUUAAAACAUGUACUAGUCACAGAGACUGGUGACCACCGAUAUCUGAUGUUUAGGUGAUGGUAGAGAGCUGGUUAAAGGAGCGAGGGCAGCUGUCUGUCAUUAAUGUGCAAAUAUUCAUUUUGCCUGGUGUUGUUUUGGUGUGAAGUUUCGGUUAGUUGUUAGUUUAUAAUGGCUCCUCAGAAAUACUCGGCUCAGGUGAUGAACUGUAAAGCCAAUGGUGCUGAAUACCCAUCCUCUGGCGUGAGCUCCAUAAAGAAGCCCAAGAUGGAGCAGCUGCAGGCCGACCAUGAGCUCUUCCUGCAGGCCUUUGAAAAGCCUACUCAAAUAUACAGAUUCCUACGAACAAGGAACCUAAUAACUCCGAUAUUACUUCAUAGGACCCUCACUUUUAUGUCUCAUAGAAACUCACGAACAAAUGCCAAAAGGAAAACAUUUAAAGUGGAUGAUUUGCUGUCCAAUGUGGAGAGAAUGAAAGAAGAGCCUGAGUCUGAGAGUUUGACUUCACAUCUGCAACUGACAUUCACUGGAUUUUUUCACAAAAAUGAUAAGCCAUGUCAAAACUCAGAAAAUGAUAAAAACUCAGUUUCACUUGAGGUGCUACUUGUCAAAGUCUGUCAUAAAAAGCGUAAGGAUGUCAGCUGCCCUAUAAAGCAAGUGCCUACGGGGAAAAAGCAGGUGCCUUUGAACCCGGAUCUCAGCCAAACCAAGUCUGGUGCCUUCCCUUCCCUGCUGGUGUCCAGCAAUGAGUUUGAGCCCAGUAACAGUCACAUGGUCAAAUCCUAUUCUCUUCUCUUCAGAGUGUCUCACACAGGGAAAAGAGACCCCAACGGCUUCAUCAACUAUGAGGCAGAUGAGAAUAUUGAGGUAAAAGAGGAACUCCCAUCCAGAAAGAAGAGAAAUUCAUCCCACAGAGGUGACGGAGAGACCCCAGAAACAUUUGUUGCUCAGAUGACUGUUUUCGAUAAAAACAGACGGCUGCAGCUGCUGGAUGGAGAGUAUGAGGUUUCCAUGCAACAGAUUGAAGACUGUCCAGUCAGCAAGAAGAGGGCCACAUGGGAGACUAUACUAGAUGGAAAGAGGUUGCCCCCUUUUGAGACCUUCUCUCAGGGACCCACUUUGCAGUUCACUCUUCGCUGGACAGGUGACCCCAGUGACCCUUCAACGGCCCCUGUGGCCAAACCUCUCUCCACUCGCAGUUCUGACACCAGCACCGCAGAGAGCAGACUCAGCACUCUCCGAAAUGCACCUGUUGUGGCGAAGGAUUUAGUGAGCACCAGCAUACAGACUAGGAGUGAGCAGUCCCCCUGUGAACCCAGACAAAAACUACGCAUCUUUUAUCAGUUUCUGUACAACAAUAACACUCGUCAGCAGACAGAGGCCAGAGACGACCUGCACUGUCCCUGGUGCACUCUCAACUGCCGUAAACUCUACAGCCUGCUGAAACACCUCAAACUCUCCCACAGUAGAUUCAUCUUUAACUAUGUGCCUCAUCCUAAAGGUGCUCGGAUAGACGUGUCCAUAAAUGAGUGCUAUGAUGGCUCAUAUGUUGGCAAUCCGCAAGAUAUCCACAGCCAGCCUGGCUUUGCCUUUAGCCGCAAUGGCCCUGUUAAGAGGACAGCUGUCACUCACAUACUUGUUUGUCGGCUAAAGCGAACCAAGCCAAGUCUGUCUGAGUUUUUGGAGUCGGAGGACGGUGAGCCAGAGCAGCAGCGGUCUUAUGUGAGUGGACAUAAUCGUCUGUAUUUCCACAGCGACAGCUGCAUGCCCCUCCGUCCACAGGAGAUGGAGGUGGAUAGUGAGGAUGAGAGGGAUCCAGAGUGGCUCAGAGAAAAGACCACCACGCAAAUUGAAGAAUUCACAGAUGUGAAUGAAGGAGAAAAAGAAGUAAUGAAGUUGUGGAAUCUUCACGUUAUGAAGAAUGGAUUCAUUGCUGAUAAUCAGAUGAGUCAGGCGAGCAUGCUGUUUGUGGAGAACUACGGGCCAUACAUCAUUCGCAGAAAUCUGUGUCGGAACUUUAUGCUUCACCUCGUCAAUCUGCAUGACUUCAACAUAGUCACCACAGCAACCAUUGACCGGGCCAUGGCCCAUAUGAAGGAGAUGGAGGAGUCACUUCCUGAACCAGAGGAGGGGCAGGAGUCAUCAGAUGCAACUUGCAACGGACAUGCUGUGUCCUCGGGUGUUUCAUUACAUGGCAAACGCACCAAAAGUGGAGUGUCAGACUGACAACAGUCGGUUUUACAAGACAAAUUAUGAACAAGCUCUAGUUUGAACUCAGAUUCUCCAUACUUAUCCCAUGGAAUCAUCAGUUUCAUUCAACAAUAUCUGUGGCUUAGAUAAUUUGUUCUAUUUCUGAUCUGCCCAUAUGUUCAUUUAUUAAUAAUGAGCCCAUUUGAGACUUGAUUGGGAGUUAGCUGCUGGUAUUACAGACUGCAAGUACUGUUGACUGAAUUGAUGCAAUUUUUCAACACGUUUUCCAGUGAAGUGUCAUGCUUUCAAACCAAUUCAGCAGUCAUGUGUAGUAUAAUCUUUAGUUUUCUUCUGAAAACACAUUAUGCGAAGAAGUGAGUUACUGUAGAAUUGGGAGUACUGUUAGUUGACAUUUUCUGUAUACAUUUUAUGAUUUUGUUUAACCACUGUGCAGUCAGUGAUUAGCACAUGAUAGCACUUGCGUUACUACUUAUUCAGUGGCUGUAGAAUCAGAAUUGGUGACACGGACACUAAUUUGUGAUAUUCAGGUUUCUCAAGUUGGAUUUGAAAGCUAAACUUUACAUUUCCUUUUUUAUUAUUACAUACAGAUACUCUUUUUAUCUGUUUUAGAUUGGACCAAUCAGUAUAUAUGUUGAAGUCUGUUAUCAGCUCGUUUCACAUGGAGUGUGAAGAUCCUUCCAUCUUAGAAUGGCAUCUUCUCUGUGUAUAUUUUUUAAUACCAGUUCUCUUGUUAAUUAGCAAUAUAAAUGCACACUCAUGAAAGGAGAACUGCGUAUGUUUGAGCCACUAGAAGACCUCGUUUCAUAAAUCUUUGUAAACCAACCUCAUUAUGCCCUUUAAAGUGAGGAUCCAGAGCAGUUUUAAAUCCAAUGUAGGUGACGUCAAACUGAUGUUAAUACUGGAUAUGUGGUUAUAAAAUAGUUUGUUGCUAUUACAAGGUUCAGAUGUUGUAUAUGCCAAAGUAUAUCAGAGACAGCAUCCUUUCUCCUUCGAUUUGUUUCAUCUGCAAAAUGCACAAGU